AUGAAGGUAACUCCAAAGGCUGGCUGCAAGAGGAAGCGUGCACCAUCUCCUGUCAAUGAACGUCCUAAGUUUCUCCGCUUUCCGCCUGCAAUGCUUGCCUAUGAUCCAACGCGACGUAUCACACGAAACACCAAGAAGAUCAAUGACCAUAAUAAGGAACCUAUGUUGUUGAACAUGCCGACUGAAGUCAUCCUGCAGAUUUCCGAAAACCUUGAUGUGCUGGAUCGUGCUGCGCUAGCUCUAUCUUGCAAGGGCCUGGCGGCGAAGCUGAAUGCUCACAAUCAUCUUGACUGA